AUGUCAGCUAAUCUAUAUUCAAAAUUGAUACAUGACAGCUCCUACAAAUUAGUUCAAUUAGCACCAGAUCUUCUUGAAACUCUGGAAAACACUUCGCAGUCUGAGAUAAAAUUUAAAGCCGUGAAUAACGAAAAGUCUGAUGUGGUGUUGUGCUCCAAAAAUAAGACGUGGCUUAUCAAAGAGAAACAUCAUUCAAAUACAGUAAUGUUGCUGCGUGAGUUUGUGGCUACGGGACAGCAAACGUUGGAUGAGAAAUCUCUAUUCGGUAUGCCGCAACCAAUUAACGAUCUGCUGGCCUUUUCUAGGACAACCUCUGAAUACGAAACGAGGCCUGCAAAGGGGCUGCUUAACAUAGAUCACCUACCGAUAUAUAAUGGAGAUGUUGGUUUUCCUACUGAGCCAGCCAAACUGAAAUUCAAAACACUCGAUGAUGUUCUUGAUAACUCACCGGCCUCAGAAUUGGAAAGUUUCACGAGAUGGAACCUGCUAGGUGGAUGCAUAGUUAACGGUUUCCCCUGUCUCCUUUCAGCGGAAUUUCUUUCCAAUGCUCUUCACGUUACCCUAAUGAGUGUAAUGGCAGAAUCACUUGACCUGGACUCGCUAACGAUAAAGGACACUUUUGAAGCUGUAAACAAGGAUAUGAGUGAAGGAAGUAAUCCUUAUACUAAGAAAGUAAUUGAAACGGUACUUCGCAAGUAUGGGACAAAACUUGAUAAAGGGGAGAAGGAAGAUAAAGAAAAUUGGAAAUUGGAUCGACAGGAGAUAUCACGUUGGUAUGGUAUCCGAGCUCUCAGAAAAUACGCAACAAAGCCAAGUCUUCCCAUGGAAGAGUUUUUAGUCAAAUGGAAAUCAACCUUCCCGCCCUUUAGUCCCUUUAAUAUUGAGAUGAAGAUGCUGGGAGGAUGGUAUUUCCAGCCUAUUGCAAGAAACAUACAAUAUGUAUCAAAGGAUACACUGCCCACCGAUAUAAAAGAAAGAUUCAAAAUGUUGUUCAGAUUACAAUCGCAAUGGGACUUGGAGAAUAUUAUACCUUUUGUAGAUGAACUCAACACAAAGGGUUUGAAACCUGAUAUUUUUGUUAUGAAGUAUGCUCGGAAGAAAAGAGUUGGAAAACGGUAUAUUGUUAGCAGCAGAUGA